CCUAGAGUUGCCAAUUCACUAGAAUGGAUGGUGGGGAUGAGUUCAUCAUGCUUUGCUACCACUAGUGAUAAGGGAUCAAUCAAUGUGUCAUGCGAUGCCAACCUCACUAAUCAUAAGGCGAUCAAUGAGUUCUAUGAUGCCUUGCCUUGUCUUGCCUUCCAUUUACUGAACCUCUCCACUGUGAAAUUGGUGAACCAUGCUUACAAUGACUACUCAACUCACCAUGGACUAGCAAUUUUGCCUUCAUCAUUAAUCAUCUUUCUUUACUUCAAUCAAUCAUGCAAGGCCUCCACAUCCCUACUUUCAUCAGAACCUUCCAAUGUUUGCAGGAUUUGCCUUUGUUUACUUUGAGGAUGAGCGUGAUGCUGAUGAUGCAAUUCGUGGCCUUGACAACUUACCAUUUGGGUAUGAUAAGCGCAGAUUGUCAGUUGAAUGGGCCAGGGGUGAACGUGGCAGGCAUCAUGAUGGGAGGGGAGGGAACCAGAGACCCACUAAGACACUUUUUGUAAUAAAUUUUGAUCCAAUCCGGACUAGAGAUCGUGAUAUUGAGAGACACUUUGAACCUUAUGGGAAGGUCCUUAAUGUCCGGAUCCGUCGGAAUUUUGCAUUUGUGCAAUUUGAAACUCAGGAGGAAGCCACAAAAGCUUUGGAGUGCACCCACAUGAGUAAGAUACUGGACAGGGUGGUUUCUGUUGAAUAUGCUCUGAGGGAUGAUGACGAGAGGGGGGGUGGGCGAUAUGAUAGCCCACCCAGAAGGGAGUAUGGAAGACAUGAUAGUCCUCCCCCUCCCCGAAGAUCACCGAGUCCAAGAUACCGGCGAAGCCGAAUUAGCCCUGAUUAUCGGAGACCGCGCAGCCCUGUUUAUGAGAAAUACAACGGUCCCUAUCCAAGGGCGAGGAGUCCCGAUGGUCCGUCUUAUGGGGGCAGGGGAAGGAGUCCCCCCAAUGGCCCAUCAUAUGGGAGGGCUAGGAGCCCUGAAUAUGAUAGGUAUCGGAGGUAGAUGCUGCUGGCUUGGCUUCAUUUGGACUGGAAGGGAAGGGGUCGGGAAUCUGUUAAAGCAGGGGAACAGGGAGGGAGGGAGGGAGUAGUAAGUAAGUAGGAGAGUCUGAAUGGUUGGUGAAUGAAUGUGUUGGUUUGUUUUGUUAACAGAAAGACUAUUCAUUCAGUGACUAUAGAUAUAUAUAUGUAUCUGUAUUAUUAUGGAGUGGUUGGUUUGUUGCUUGGUCGGUUUGUUUGUUCAUAGACAGACACAUCUUAGUUGCUGAUGAUGUUAUGUACUAAUAUACUUUUGUUACUUUCUUAUAUGCGAUUAGAUGUGUCUGUUAUGAAUUAUAAUUGUUGGCGUGUUACAUUA